AAGCGAAAGCUUCUUCUAUUCCGUUCACAACCAUUUGAACCAUUUGACUGAAGGUCAGUUGGUGGCCUUGAGUCAGUUCAAAACUAUGGAAUCUCAGGAUGAUAAUAAUACACAGGAGUCAAAAACCACAGAUACCAGGGUCUAUUUAGAUAAAACUGUGGUCCCGGUACUUUUAAAGGGCCUGAAUAUGAUAGCCAAAGAAAGACCGCCCAAUCCAAUCGAAGCGUUGGCAACGUUUUUGAUGCAGCAUAAAGAGGAGACAGAAAACGAAUAAUGUAAAGAAAAUUUUUUAAAUGAUGCUCGAAAUAAAUCUUUAUUGUUUUCUGGGGUUGCAAGUGCCGAAAUUUUUCCGGUUAAUGAUGUGUAAACCAAUAAAACGUUUAUGUUAUGUCUUCUAACUUUAUUGAUAACCUCUGUUCUCAACUAUUCUCACUUUUUAUCGUGUGCAAGUGU